CCUGAAUGUACAAUCUGCGUGUCGAUCCGCCGCCUACCAAGCAACAGCCCAGCGCCAUAGAAAGCCGGUCGUUGGGUGACGCCCCGGCGCAGUCACAAGCUAACCAUCGAUCCUGACCGGAACGAAACAGCGAAUAGCCAUCUCCAUCCUCUCCGUCGCCUUGCAAUCGCGGAGUCUCAGCCAGAAGGGCCCGCUAGCCCAGCUCGUCGAAAACGGCUCGUUCCCGUCCCUUCAGCUCCGUUCGCCGAUUCAGCUUUCUCAAGAGACAAUGAUUGAUGGUGCUGUACCCAGGCUUGCACGUCGAGUAUUCUCUGGGCUUGCUCGACAUACGCUGGAGCUUACUAGAAGUGUUGCACUCUGGUUUGCUAGGGGUGUGCGAGGACUCGCUGCUCUUGGAAUAGCCUGGCUUCAUUAUCGACUCAACACUCCUCAUGUCAAAUCUCUCAAGGACUUGCGGACCCUUUGCCAUCAAUCCACAUUGGACAAAGAUGGACACAUGAAAUUUUCCCACUCUACAUUCACCUUCGUCACUAAGGGUUACACGGUCUAUUAUGGGCGAUCGUCGAAUAGGAAGCUUAAUCUCGAAACGGUCAACAAGAGCUUGGAAUGCGUUCCAGACGAAGAUGUGUAUCCCAUGGCUCCGCCGCACAUAACAAGUGUCACAAAGGCAGAUAGCAGUUCCUUCUUCAAGGGGCCUAUGCUUACGUUCUAUGCUGAACUAGGGGGUUCGGGGCAGAUCGCAAAGGCGCUCCUAUAAGAAGCCGAGAUGCUGGAGUUUAUACAGCACAAUCCUCACCCCAACAUCAUCCCCUACUCGUCAUCAGCUCCCUAGGCGAAAUCCAAAGGAC